ACUACGCAUGCUUUUCUGUCCACGUCAGACGUCGAGCAUCUCUGGUUUGCACAUUUAUACAGAAAGCGUCAUUGUUUUUUGGUUGCUGUUCUGAGGACACACCGAAGCUGCUGAUGAUGAGUCAUCAGCUGAUCCUCAAGUUUACUGUCACAAAGCUAACGUGCACGUGUAACUCAGAAGCGACGGCGGAAACAGCGUCUCAACACGGCUACCUGUUUUUUGACAAAGCCACCAGAGUAUUCCCUCAAAAACAACAAUGAUAGUCCGAGUGGCUGCCACGUUACAUUUGAAUUCUCCAUCAAGCCCGGUGACUCUCCGUGAAACCAGCGUUCACGUACGAGGACCAGACACAGAUUUGGGAAGCUUCUUGAACGAUAAAGAAAAUGACGUUCUGCCCUUACAUUCUCCCUGGACCUUCUGGCUCAUUCGAUCUCUACCAGGACCUAAAGCAACUGAAUGUGAGUUCAACCUGAAGAAAGUCUACACCGUGGAGACAGUCCAGAAGAUGAAGUGUGUGGUGUCAGCGUCAGUGUACGAGACAGAGAAGAUGUUCCGGUGUGGAAUGAAAAUGCUUCCUGCGCUGAUGAGGUGAACAUUUUAGGGAAGAUUCAUGAGCUCCGUCUGCAGAUGCCAUUUGAAGCAGCGUUUUACAAACGUGAGUAUUUGCUCACAUUGUAUGUUUCAUGGAUUGUGAAGCUUAUUGAUGUAAGUAAUACUCACAUUUGCUUUGAUUGCAGCUCACAAGGAUCAUCACGCUUUCGAAGGAGGUCGAUCAGGAUAUUAGCACUUUUUGCACUUUAAAGCACAUCUCGGACCAUAAUAUGGAGGCAGAUUUUGAAACCGCUGAGUUGAAGCUCAUAUGUUUAACCUCAUCAACUCAAAAUGUAGCCGUUAUAUUAUAGCAAGGAAAUCCCUCAUCCUUUCGGAACGACAGUCAUUCUUACACUGUAUCUGAAACUGCUUGUGUUUAUUGUUACUAAACUGUGUUUUUAUAAUGCACACUUUUGCAAACAUCUCUUGAAAAUGUAGCAGGUGAUGUACAGUCGUCUAUAAUAGUAUUCAUUUCAGGUUCAACAAAAUAGGUCUUUAAGUGAGUACACAUUUAAAAUCACACAUCUUUUCACUCUUGUACUGAACGGCCAAAAUCCCCCAAAUUUCCUAGACCAGGAUUUACCAGCCUUUAAUGAGCCAAUGAGCCAUUUUCCAUAACAAACAUAUCUUGGUACACCACCAACCAAAAAUACUGUAAUGUAAUAAUUGCAUUUGAACAGAAAGCUGAUAUACUUGUAGGAAGCCGUGACCUAAUUUGCUAUUGUUUUCUUUUCACAUUUUAGAUAUCAGCAAACCGCCAGACUUCCUGUUCUGUCUCCCCCUGUUGGUCAUUGUUUUGUUUGUGUUCCUCUGAAUGGGUUGUAACUGGAAAAGUAAAUGUAAAUAUAAUUUCAAAAAUACAUUUGAUUCUGAUUCUCAUCAUGGCUUUUGAGGAAAGAGGUUGGGUCCUGUAGCUGUUUGAUGCCCUGCUUGUUGUAAUCCCGGUUUGACAAAUACCGGUAGAAGCAAACUGGGUUCUGAAUGCGCUUGACUGAUCGAAUAAAAAUAGUGGCUUUCCCUGUUACGCACACUCACUGAAUGGAGUUGUGUCCGCUGUAUGGCACGUGUAGCAUAGCGUAUUAGCUUAGCAUAGCGAAGCGGUUAACAGAAUAUACAGCUCUCACUUCACUGAAGAAAACUCAAAUAGUUUAUUGCUGAGAAAUGUAUGCUAUCCUCUCUAUUCACUUGAGUUAUAAACAUGAGAAUAAAAUAAAAUAAAACAUGAGAUCUUGUGGUUUUCAUGUUGAUUAGUCUCUAUUCUGUUUUAUUCGUGUGUUCCUUCAGUAAAAUUGUAACUAGACACAAAACAUGCUGACCAAAGGG